GGCGAAAUUGAAAUAAACGUUUGAACCCUCUCGUUGCUGAUUGUUUGCCGACUCUUCAAUGAAGGAGGAUUUUAGCUUUGUGUUCAAAGUCCUGGCUCAUUAACAACUGUAAAAUGGGGGACCAUAUUGAGCUACAAAUCACUCCAGAGACUCCAGGCAGACCAUCCAUUAGAAACCCCUUUGAAAGUCCUAAUGACUACCACCACCUUCAUGAAUCCCUGGUGCCAAGCCCAUCUGUCUUCAAGUCCAAGCCUUGUAAAGCUACUCCACCCAAGUUUAACUGGUCUAUUGAUGAAAUGGCCAGCCUUCUCCCUGUCCACAUAGACCCCGAGGACAUCCAGCGACAGUCUUUUUACCUCAGCCAGACAAGGAUGGAUUCUGACAUUGAGGAGAAGCGUCAGAAUGCUAUCGAGCAGUUUUUCACCAAAGGAACCAUCGUGCCCUCGCCCUGGGCAGCACCAGACCCCCGUAAAGGCCCCCAGAUCUAUACGAAAAAUUUGAAGUCUGCAAUGAUUGCAGAGGAGCCAGAAAAAAUCUCAGUUGCUUGUCAGACAACUCUUUCAUUACCUCUGGCUUUUGAUUUGGAGAAAAUACUAGGGGAUCAUUACCGCUACGAGGAACCGUGUGAUGCUGUGCAGGAGAGUCUCAGUUCCUCCUCCUUAAGACGAAAACUCUUCCUCGAUGGCCAGGGCCCUUACAGUGGCUCUGACAGCUCCAGUCCGCCAAGUCCAGAGAGAAGCUAUGCCAGGCAGGAGAGGCUUUCUCUGAACCGAGGAGAGGAAGCUGAGGGAGGGGUUGCAGUUUCGGAGGGAGAAGCUUUAUCAUCUAUCUUUUCCUCCCCUUUGCCCCGCAGCGUUUUGGCUCCGACUCCCUCUACAGGUCAGUUCUCAUCCAGUCCCAUCCAGCAUGGCUGCUUCCGGGACUGCAGCCUCGGCAGCAUCACCAGUCCUCUGUUCCCUGAUAGGUCGUCUCCUGCUGGUCUUGUCUCCCCCACAAUUUCUCCUAUUCUUGCACAUGUAGCACGCACACCCACAUGUUCAGCUGAGAGGAAGCAGCCGAGCAACUUGACUCCAAACGGCGUUCCCCUGGACGUAGAUGGCACUUCCUGCAACGAGAGUCCAUUUGUCGAGGGUUGCUCUCCCAUUCGUAGCUGCUCCCCACACCAGCGCCACUGUUACACCGAGCCCCAGCACAAUGCCAGACCCAAGCCCCGGCCCCGAGUCCGCUGCUGGGCCUCCCCUCCCCUCAUCUCCCCGAUCCUCAACCCUAACCUCCAAGACAAUCAGGAAGCUGAGGAUCAACUCCCCUUUUCCUCCUCGUCCUCCUCCUCCUCUUCUCUCCCCCCUAUGGAGCUAGAUCCAGCUUCGCCCCUGGCCCGCAGCGCUCACCCCGCUGACAAUGAGAGAGUUUGUUUGAAUCCUAUGGAACCUGUGAAAAUGGAGGAAGGCAAGGAGACGGAGACAGACGGGAGGUUGGAGGAUGAAGAGGAGGAAAGUGGAAAUCAUUCAGGACAGCUGACCAGCUCUCGCAUGGGCAAUGUGUCGGCGACAGAGAGCUCUCAGAUGUUUGUAUCUCUUCUGGCAGAGGGAAGCAGCAUACGCUACGAUUCCAGCAUGCAGGUGGACAGCGGGUACAACACUACCUCAGCAGGCACUGCCAGUCUUAUAGAUCUACUCAGCUCAGACUGUCACGGCAAAGAGUCCUUCAGUUCAAACCUGGCAGAAGACGGUUUCCAACUCACUCGACACACUAAACUAAAGGUAUUCUAUCCUCACCACUGAGCCAUGUGAUUGGUGCUUUUAAAGGGACGCCUCUUCCAGUGGAAGCUUAAGAUGAUUAUUUUGCAAUCAAAUACAACAAAGUUUACACUAUGUUUUGGAGCGUUUUUGUCGCAUUAAUUGAUUAGGGUGAAUGAAUUGGGUCAACUGUUAAUGGCAGUGAGAACUAAACUGGUUUCACAAGUGGUUAUUUGUUCUUUUGAAGGUUUAGAGUUCAAGUUGUCAGACAGAAAGCAAACGUUAUACAGAAGUAUGUUUUUCACAUGUUAGAAGGGAGGAGAUCUUAGUCCCACUGUAAGACACUGUAAAGCUGUAAUUUAACAGCUCUGUUAGACCCAGUAUACUGGUGCGAUAAGGGGAAAGAAAAAAAUGUCAAUUUUGAAUUAACUUGCACAACAGUAACCUCCUUGAAUGCUGUAUUGAUGCUGAUGUCAUCAUUUCCAUUUUUAUUUGGUGUUGACAUGAUCGACUUGAUCGAUCCUGACUUUCAGAUGACAUUCGAUUUGUACUGUAUUUAUCGUUUUAUAAAACAGUUUAUCAUGUUUUUAUAUGACGAGAGCUUUUUGUUUUAUUGAAUGAGUAAGAAUUGUUAAAAUUAAGGUUAGCUGUGGAUCUUAUUUGGAUUGUCAGAAUAUUUAUUCCUGAAUAAGAUGCACUGAAUAAUGCCGCUAGAAAAUUAAAAGCUGAUGGAGCCAUUUUUUUUCUUUUGCAUACUUAAAAGCAUGGGCUGGAUCAUAUCACAUUAAAUUAACUUGAAUUCUU